AUGCUUGUCCCCGCCCGCCAGCCCCAGUCCCCCACCCCGAACACUGACCCCUGCCAUUUUUCUGAUCUCAGCGCUCAUCCCUGCUCACCCCUGUUCAACCCUUCGCAAACCUGCUUAACCCUGCUUAUUCCUGAUCCUUCUGGCAUCCCACCUUGGGAUGAUCAAUUCAGCACGAUGUCGUUCGAGACUUAUUGGGAGAACUUCCAGCAGGCCUUUUGGCAGAUCUCACCAUAUGCGUACUCCGCCAUUGGCAUCGCCAUUUCCAUCGGCGUUUCCGUCCUGGGUGCAGCAUGGGGGAUCUUGAUUACAGGAAGCAGUCUAAUAGGCGCUGCUAUUAAAGCUCCGCGGAUCACGUCUAAGAACCUCAUCAGUGUUAUUUUCUGUGAAGCUGUGGCGAUAUACGGCGUUAUUGUCGCGAUCAUUCUGCAAACGAAGCUUGAAUCCGUCGGCAAGGCCAGAUUGCACUCGCCUGAAGCGCUCCGCUCUGGUUAUGCCAUCUUCAACUCAGGAAUCAUCGUGGUGCGCUCGGGCUGUUCGGGGUCAUCGUUGGGAUUAUCCUAUCGUCUCAAGCAACAUGGGCUUGAAACGUUUCCUCCACGCUUUUCAGAUUUCAUUGAACCAUCAGUUGUGGGACCAACUGAUAAGAAGGAUGUGCUAUGCUAA